AUCCCAACUCACUCCUCCGGGGACACCUUAGUUAAAUGGAAUGUCUCAGAGGAGAAAUCGGACUUUGCUAGACAUGGUCCGGAGCAUGAUUAGUCUGACAACAUUGCCAGAAUCAUUUUGGGGAUAUGCAUUGAAAACAGCAGCACACACACUCAACAGAGUUCCAUCUAAAGCUGUCGAGAGCACACCAUACGAACUAUGGCGUGGGAGAAAACUGAGUUUCUCGUACUUUAAGAUUUGGGGCUGUGAAGCUUAUGUAAAACGUCUCAUGACGUCUAGUAAGUUGGAGCCUAAAUCUGAUAAAGUAAUUUUUGUGGGAUACCCCAAGGAAACUAGAGGGUAUGAGUUCUAUCAUCCAUCCGAUAACAAAAUCUUUGUUGCUCGGAAUGGAACCUUCCAUGAGAAGGAGUUUCUUUCUGCUAUCACUAGUGGGAGAAAGGUAGACCUCGAAGAAAUUCGAGAACCACAAGAAGAAGUCCCGAUAGUGUUGGAACCUGAGCAAAGAGAUCAAGAAAUUGAACCUCAAAUUGCUCAAGAUAUACCACGUAGGUCAGACCGGAUACGUAAUCCUCCGGUCAGAUAUGGAUUUCUCAUGUCUGAUGAAG